AUGGAGAGAUUCGGGCUGGGCAACAAGGACAAAGAGACGGAAGGUCAAAACCAAGCAACGACGCACGCGGACGAUCUCGCCGACGUUGCAGCCCCGUCACUUGAUAUUGCAGCUCGUACAAGCAGGAACAAGGCCGACGUCGUAUUCACGUAUUUGAGCACACUCUUGCUCGGUCCAACCGGAAAGCAGGAGCAAGAAGACUCAUCUUUUCCAGCCGAUGAGCUGGCUGGUAAUAAUUCGGUCACAAGUGCUUACGCGGAAAUAUUCUGGAAGGAGUUGGAUUCUGCUUGUUCUCUGCAAGAAAUAGCCGCUGCCCGAGAUUUGAAGAAAUGCGGAUUGGAAGAUUACGUCAUUGCUGCGGUGCUGACAAGGCUCGCCAACAUGCGGCCCGGUAACGCGGAUUUGCGGCCGCCGCGUUCCGAUGCUGAAGAUAGCUUUAAAAUUGACGAACAGAGCUUUCAAAUCGUGUGGUACUUCGUCUCUCAGUGUGUCAAGGAGUUCGAUAACAAGGAGAAAAAUGUGUCGGAAUACGAGGAAGCGAAGGAUAUUGUCCGAAGACUGGUUGGUCUUCUCGUCUCUCGUAGGAUAACUACCAACACACUACGCGGCAAGACGUGCUUGGGGUUGAGCCUCUUUCGCGGCCAAACGAGCCCGACGGCGUUGCACCCGGACCUCGUUGAGCUUACCGGGUACUUGUGCCAGCUGCUCGACCUGCCAGAGGGUUUCACCUUUACCCAUGUGGAAAUAGCCGUCAAUGAGCCGACGACAUUCCGUGAGUGGCUAGUGGCGCCAUCGGAGCGGUCGCCCCCGGGACGUGCAGCGCCAUCAUUGCCGGAGCGACAGGAGCGGGGUGAGGAAGUUUUGGUAGCAUUGCACGGGAGCGGUUUCCGUAACGCUUUUCGCCUACUCAACGGAAUGGAGGUGAUGGAUGGAAACGCGGAGUCGCCCGAUGCGUGGUGUAACGUGGAGGAGGUCGGUUACCUGCAUCACCAUAAACCACGAGGGGCCAAGAUUACACCCGGUUGGUUUGAGGAAUACGAUGAAUUCGGUCAAGUAGCCCUGAAAACGGAACCCCAAACGACGCUGAUGCCGCCAACGAGCCUUGAUAUCAUGUUGCGUUUGUUCAGCAAUCCGGUACAAAGCGACCUCAUCGAAAGUGGCGUUACUGGAACUCCUGAUUAUGCCGGAAAAGCCGAGAACACCAAAAAAAUGCGAGACGCCGCAACUUACUUAGACGGAAAAAAGUGGCAGCUGCCGACCGAGACUCUAUCACUACUCGAAUGUAGUGCCGUUAUUCAAGAGCUGCGACCUCUCCCGGAUUCCAGCCUCCUAGAAGGUAAGUGCUGCAAAUAGAUAAUAUGUUGACUAUGUAUUUACUGUAUACAUUUGUUUUAUUGGCAUUUCCAUUUUGUGCUUUGUCUGCUUCUAACCGAUGUGCUCAGAUGUUUCAUUUUUCAGUAGAUCUAAGUUAUCCAGGUGGCGAAGCGAAAACAUCAACCAUGCAUCAACUCUUCUGUGUCUAUAAACUUUGGUUACCAGCAGUAAAAAAUUCUCCCAGUCUAUUCCGCAUCUCUCAAUAGCGUCAGUAAUUUGUCUUCCCAGGGCGUAAAGAGAAACUGCUGAGCGCAGUGUGGAACCUAGAGCAUUUGGUGGAAGGGAACACCGGUCUGUUUCCGUUUGCGCAGGCAGUAGCAGUCGUAGAAGAAGACCACGACGUGGCGCCCCGAGUUCCCGCACCAAAUCAGCAGGCGAGCACAGCAAGUUCGGAAAGCGCACUUCCAUUAUUUUCGGCAAGUGUUUCAUCACCCUCCAGCGAUCAGCAGUUUCGGUGCGAUGCGUUACCCUUACCGGAAUUGCCUCUUUCCCUCAGGCACGAAGACGAGGAAGGGGACGACACGCCCUUUCUGAGGCCUGCCGGUGUUUCAUCACCCUCCAGCGAUCAGCAGUUCCGGUACGAUAACUUACCAUUACCGGAAUUUUCCUUUUCCCCCCGUCACGAAGACGAGGAAGGGGACUACACGCCCUUUCUCACGCCCACCGCCAGAGAAGGACUCACGAACGCGGGGAGCACCCCCUUUGCUCACAAGGCACGCAAAACCCCAGGAGCAACUCCACCACUGUUCCCUUUUUUUCGCGCGGCCGGCGAAACUCCGGGAGCAACUCCACCACUGCCAGGAUCAACUCCACCACUGUUCCCUUUUGCUCGCGCGGCCGGCGAAACUCCGGGAGCAACUCCACGGUUCGGGGACUCAGUUUUCACGCCUUCGGGGUCUCUGUCCGGCUGCAGUGACGAAGCAGAUAGUGGCCGAGAUAGUAAAUUCAACCUGGCCACCUCUGUCAUAGCGCAAGACACUAAGAUUUUGCCAUCGGUCGUGUCCGGCGACGAGUGGUCCUCGGAACAGCAAAACAGGUCCAAUAGCUCGCUUCUAGGAUCAUGGGAUCAUUCAUCGCUCCCACUAAGGGAUUCCGACGCGCAGACCAAGAAGCAGGAUACAUGUGGCCACGUGGAGAGGCAACAGGUAGGCGUGUUGCCGCCGCCACCUUCAAAUCUUGCGAGACCUCGUCUUGCCUGGCCCGACUGGCGGCAAUUUAUGUUAGGGACGGAGGAGAACCUUCGGGAGGAGGAGGCCCCCACGCCGGAACCGGAAACUAGAGAAUUUGUAAAGGAGGAAAUCGUGGAAGAAGAAAUUAUCGAGGAAGACUUCUACGGAGCAUGGGAGGAAGACCUCUACAAAGAGUACAGUGCGCCGGGCCCGGCGUUUUCCCUGCGCUUACCGCCAUUAAGGAACCACUCCAACUCGCUGCUGCCGCACGAAACCGCAAAUCCGCGUAUCUUUGAAUAUCUUCGAAAGUAGUCUUGAAAAUUGAAAUUCAAUUCUCUCGUUGCGUGUUGCCUUUACCUUUUAUCGAUUCAGAGAUUUGUUCGAGUAGUUUGUUUGAGGUAUCAGUCGAAUGGGUGCUUAGUUUACAUGACGAACAAACUCACUUGAUACAAACUCGAAAAAAAUAAUCAGCUUCCGACGUGGCUUCCGUAAACGGUACGUACCGGCCGCCCAGCAUGAUCACGGGCACGCGCGCAAACCACUACCAUUCGGGCAGCACGGCACGCGGCGCCGCGUCGGGUUCUUCUUUCCAGAAAUGGGGCCCUUCGUUUAAGGAGGAGGUGAUCGAGGAAGAGGUUGUGGAAGAGGAGGUCGUGCGAGAUCAGGCGGACAACCACUGGCACCACAGGAGUGCGGCGCCCCGGCACUGGACCUCUCUGAAAAACGACAACCAGUCCUGGUACCAGUCCCACUGGUGGAGCAACAGCAAGCCGAGCUGGUCGCCUAAGUACGCGCAGAUGGCGGAUGGCAAGAACAUCUGGAACACCAAGUCCAUGCUGCCCGGCGCGUUCGACGACAACGGCAGCCUGUACGGCGGUGGCGCUGGAACCUCCGGAAAGAAGGACGCGCAGGACGUGUGGCACUACAGCAAAUCGAACGCGUGGUACAACGGCGAAUCCAUCGCGCCCGCGUCAGAGCACUAUCGGGGUGCGAAGGACUGGAGUAGCAAGUGCGAGAAGUCCAACAAGAAAACGAAAAAAAAAGUCCUGAGCCAAAAGAAAAGCAAAAAAGGUGGCGCGCUACCUAAAAAGAAAAGAAAGAAAAACAAAAAAAAUCGAUAGAAAAAAGAAGAAGAGAAGAAAGGCCUACUGCGAAAAGUGGUGGAAAAAAACAAUAUUUGAAGUGAGAUAAAUUUUGUUCCUAGAUUGUAUGUUACUCGCGAGGAAGAAGAGAAGCUGCAAGCCGCGGAGGAAAUGCCCGCAGACCCACUUGUCGCGAGCACCGAGAACCCGAAGAAGUUCGCCCACCUUCGACCGCAGUUCAUGCCGGAUCAGCACUAUUGACGGAUGAUGAGCACGCUAGCCAGGCGGAAAAGCCGGAAACGCACGGCACUUUAGUAUUCGCCGAAUGUACCACGACCAGUGAAAGUGCACUCGCGGGCCACCAAUCAGCAGUUUGAAGAAAAAAAGACGACUUUUGCAGAGUUCUCCGAGGAGUUGUUCGAUAAUCCUGACACUCUCGAGGAGAAGGACGAUUUGCCGCGAUGGUUACACUUGCCACGAGCGCAGUUCUCGUCGAGCAAAUGGUCGUCGCGAAGCUGCAGAUCGACUUUGUUAUCGAGACUGUGUGGCAGCAAGAGCAGCAAAAAACAAAUGCCGCAGAUUAGAGCCCGACCUCGGCUCAUGCAUAGGGAACAUUGUCGUAAGGAUCAAUCAGGAUUUGUUUGCACUUUGCCGAGAAAAAUGCUUUAUAUUCACUGCGCAAGGCGGAAGACGAGCGGCUCCUUCCAGCAGUGUCAGCGAC